UUGAACCCAAGGCAAGGAGAGGGGGAGAAGGAUGGUGACGUCACCAUCCUGCCCCGCCCCAAUACGUUAGUUUGCGACUAAAUUAGAACCCCUUUCCGCCAACUCGAUACCAAGAACUUGAAACAACUUUCUGAAAGCCACCUGCCAGGUGGGACAGAUCUACGUCACUAACACCGUCAGGUGCCCUCUUUCUUCCCUCACAAUGCAGUGCUCUUCUGUUUCGGGAUAGGCUACUAAGUGAUAGUUCAGAAGUUGGGAAUUUUGGGAAUUUCUACCCACCUGUUCCUUAAGGACUUGGCAGGCCCAUUUCCUAGCAGCUUCUACCACGUGAGAAUCGCAGAAUUCCCUUACAUCCCCGCGCAAAGGAACACCUUACCUAUGAAAGUGUCCUCAGGUUCCCUGGACACUCUGCUAUGGGUCUAUCACUACCACAGCUCCACGGAGGUGGCCCUCCAGCCCCCACUUAUAUGCUCCCUGGAGUUGGCCUUGUCGGCAGCCCAUGAAUAUUUGGAGAUCGGGCUAGAGAAACUGAAGCCUCGGGGGCCUGGAGACCAGAACAGGGAGGCAGGGGAGCUGCCAGAGCGGGAAGGAGUAAAGACAGAGGCACACAGCUUCCCAACCACUCCAGAAGCUUCCCUGGGGCUGGUCCUGAGAGAGGCUGUGGGAAGUGCUUUGAGCUUUGGAACUACCUUGAUGCAGAUCUCAGCCCUAUGGCUAAAGCUGGAGAUUCGGCGCCUCUGUGGCUGCAGUGGCCCAGGCCACAACCAGAGCUUGGGGAACCCCGGGCGCGCGCUGUCCCGCUUGGCGUUGGCUGCAGGGCGGGGCGUGAAGGAGGUGGGAACCUUGGCCAAAACUAGCGCGCAGCUCCUCCUCAAUGGGGCAUGGUUCUGUCUGCCUGGACGCAACGUGGAUGCCUACAGCCCCAGAAAGAAGGCUUCGCCCCUAUGGCCUUGGCCCUUUGGCUGGGGUGGCGAGAAACGCCAGGAACCCUCCGGAGGACUCGAGAUGAAAUAGAGGUGGUGAAACCUAUCUGGGCAACUGUAGAUCCACCACCGACGCAAAUAAAGCUGGGAGGAAAGCA